AUGUACGAAGCACUGAGUAUGGUGGACGUGUCGCCACAGCGAGUGACCAUGCCGCAGGACGUCCCAGUGAAAGCGUAUUGCAUGGACAUGCACAUUCCUGCAUCUAACGAGGCUGGGGCUGAGGAGCUAUGGAAAUGGGUCUGCUCGGACCCCAACGCGGCGAACGUGACCCUAACGCGCGUGUUGUUGCACGACUCGGCAGCGCUGCGUACGCUAGCUCACCUUCAUGCGUGGCAUCGCUGGAUGGUGGCAACUCGUCUGCCCCAAAUCAGCUCGUUUCAGAGCAGUUUCGCAGCCGUCUUUGGUGUACACCCUACGGCAGCCUUUCUCGCGACGGCAUUUGGACAGCAUGCCAGUGUUCGUGCCUCGAGUCCACCUACUCUAGACGUGGCACUGCUCGAUAUCGAGCUCGCCUUGGCGGCAUUCGAACUCAUGGUAGCUACACAGUCCGCCCCGUACUUCUACAGUGAGCCAUUACUAGUUGUUGUCACUCAACAGCCCGUCAUCUGGUUCCCUGUGCACAAAACACACCCCAUGUUGGCCUCGUACACGCUGUGGGGACUCUUGCAUUCCACUGUGGGCCACCAAAUUGUCGCCGACAUGCGCAAGGACUGUCCCAGUGAGUUGCUCGAUGUUCUGGCACUCCUUCAAUCUCGGGAGUAUCGGUACUGCGAGACUCAAAUGGUCAAGUUCGAUGUGGGGGCUGUUCCGACAUUGUCGCUUGGAGCCCCAUAUUGCAUGUAA